UAUCGGCAGCGCUCUCUGAACAAAGUCAUAUGUCUAAUCUUGUUGGAUCUGUAGUCACUGUUUUAGUUGGUUUUAGCGUGAUUGACUUUUUACAGCAAAACACGUGGAGAAACAAUAAACAUGGCGGCUGUUGCAGCUGCAAAAGUACAAGAAGUCCGUGAAAUCACUAGGAUAGAAAGAAUUGGAGCACAUUCCCAUAUUAGAGGCUUAGGAUUAGAUGAUAGCUUAGAACCCCGUCAUGUGUCACAGGGUAUGGUUGGCCAGCUGAUGGCACGCCGGGCUGCCGGUGUUGUCUUGGAAAUGAUUAAGGAUGGUAAGAUAGCAGGACGUACUAUACUGUUGGCAGGUCAACCUGGCACUGGAAAGACUGCCAUUGCUAUGGGAAUGGCACAAGCUUUAGGAAUAGAUACUCCGUUUACCUCAAUGGCAGGUUCUGAAAUAUAUUCCUUAGAGAUGAGUAAAACCGAAGCUCUGACUCAAGCCAUUAGAAAAUCUAUUGGUGUUAGAAUCAAAGAGGAGACAGAAAUUAUAGAGGGUGAAGUGGUUGAAAUUCAAGUGGAUAGGCCUGCCACAGGUGUUGGUGCUAAAGUUGGUAAACUAACGCUGAAAACAACAGAAAUGGAAACGAUCUAUGAUCUGGGAAAUAAAAUGAUUGACAGCUUAAUGAAAGAGAAAGUACAAGCCGGUGACGUAAUAACGAUCGACAAAGCCACAGGAAAGAUCAAUAGACUCGGUCGAUCGUUCACCAGAGCUCGGGACUACGAUGCAACCGGCUCGCAAACGCGUUUUGUACAAUGUCCCGAGGGAGAGUUACAAAAACGCAAAGAAGUUGUACAUACAGUAACGUUGCACGAAGUCGACGUUAUAAACAGUAGGACUCACGGAUUUCUUGCGUUAUUCUCUGGUGAUACAGGAGAGAUUAAAUCAGAAGUACGAGAUCAAAUAAACGCCAAAGUUGCCGAAUGGCGGGAAGAAGGAAAAGCGGAAAUCGUUCCGGGUGUUUUGUUCAUCGACGAGGUUCACAUGCUCGAUAUCGAAUGCUUCUCGUUCCUUAACCGUGCGCUCGAGAACGAAAUGGCACCUGUCGUGAUUAUGGCUACGAAUAGAGGUAUAACAAGAAUCAGGGGAACAAACUACAAAAGUCCUCAUGGUAUUCCAAUAGACUUGUUGGAUCGUAUGAUUAUUGUCCCUACGAGUCCGUAUCAGGAAAAGGAAUUGAAGGAAAUCUUAAAGAUAAGAUGCGAGGAAGAAGAUUGCGAAAUGGCAGACGAUGCUUUAACAGUUCUUACUAGAAUAGCGUUAGAAACGUCGUUAAGAUACGCGAUUCAAUUAAUUACCACCGCUUCUCUCGUCAGUAGACGAAGAAAAAGUACCGAAGUUAAUAUAGAUGACGUAAAGCGUGUUUAUUCACUGUUUCUCGAUGAAAAUAGAUCAACGCAGUUUCUCAAAGAAUACCAAGACGACUUCCUGUUUAAUGAAAUACCGGAUGAAGCGAUGGAAAUAUCGUAACUACAAAUAAAUUAUACACGUUACAACCUUAUGUUAAGUGUUCGUGAUUGUUUACUUCAUCAGCCGGGAUCCCAGUAUCAAGAGCAUGUGAACGUGAUAUCAGAAACGAUGAUUAUAUUUCAAAUUAAAUACAAAAACUUAACAAAUUCUGUUUUUAUACUUGCUACGAUUUGGUUUAAAAACUUUUGAUUUUAUGUUCAUCUGUUACAACUGUCAAUAAAUUUACCAAAAAAAAAUAUAUAUAUAUAACUUACAUUAAUCGUAGAGGUAAAUUAAUUUUUGGCGUGAAGUUUCCGUUACUGCAUGAGAUGCAACAUUACAGUUACAAUCGCACGUUGCUGUACAACACCAACGAAUUUCCAUUGCAUCGUCGACGAUAGACUUUUAAACGCGCCACGAAAAAGUUUAUCGCGA